AUGGAUGAAUUCGUGUUUGUGACACCGCUGCUUUUCGGCCGGUCCGGGCCUGGCACGCAUUCCUGGGUGGCAUCGGACUCUGGUCCCGGGCUGGUUGGCGCUUCCUCCCCCAGUUGCAUAUUUCUACAGCUCACCCCGCGGGCUCUUCUUGACUCUUUUCCGACCGACUCUCCUCUUUUCACUGCCCUGGGAUGCCAAUCACGGCCCGAAAUGGAGUCUCUUAAGCACACCAGCGAGGGCGCCGCUGCCAGCCCAGCGUUGCACCGCAAAUGCCAGCUACGCCGCCGCUGGUGGAUUGCGAUUGGCAUUGCAGUCGCUAUAGUCGUCAUCCUCGUAAUUGUCCUCCCGCUGGCCUUGAUUCUUCCUAACAAGGGAGAGAAAGGGAAGCCCUCGAGUGUGAUCUUCCCACUGUACAUCUAUCCAGAGUCUAACAGCACCUGGGGCCCGCUAUACACGGCGAUUUCAUCGCACCCCGAUCUCGAUUUUGUGAUCGUCGUGAACCCACAAAGCGGGCCUGGGUCGUCCACGCUCCCCGACGAGGCAUACCAGGCGGCAAUCCGCCAGCUCAACACCUAUCCCAACGCACAGAAAGUGGGAUACGUGCGCACCAACUAUGCCGAGCGGAAUGUCUCCGAGGUGCUGGACGACAUCGCGAGAUAUUCUGACUGGCAGUCGAACGCUGCAGAUCUGGCGAUGGCAGGCAUUUUCUUCGAUGAAGCGCCACACCAAUUCUCCGACGCGACCAGGGACUACCUGAACCGCAUCAACUCGGGGGUUAAGGAUGCGACUGGGCUUCAGGGCGAACGAACGGUCAUUCACAACCCAGGCACCAUCCCUGACAAAGGCCUCGCCGUCCCCAACACAGACAUCACCGUUGCCUUUGAGCAGUCUUACAAUCACUACGAGACGAGCCAGGAGUCUGCAUUAAAGUCAUACGAUGCCGACCGGGACUCGCUGGCGUAUAUUUUCCACUCGGUGCCCGACAUGAGCGAGAGCAACCUGGAGAGUUUUGUCGAGGAUAUCAGCGACCGCGCAGCGUAUCUCUACCUGACAACGCGGACAGACCAGUACUACGAGCACUUUGACUCUCGGCUGCAGCAAUUCUGCGAUGCGGUGCCGACGUGA